CACACUCAGACACCUCCCACUGAGGGGAAGUUGUGUCAUUUCCUGGAAGUGGAGACCAGAGAGGGAGGAGCAGCAGCCCUGUUGAGUCAGUUAGACUCCAUUCAGAGAGGAGGAGGAGGAGGAGGAAGAGAAGGCUGAGGAAGGACUGACUUCAGAUCAGAAGAUGAGUGAUUUGGAGGAAGAGGAGGACGGAGCAGAGUCUGGAGGAUCCGGCUGUCUGUCUAUGAAGAGUGACCAGUCCAAAGGUCUUCCUCUAGCCUUCAGUGAUGAACCUGGACCCUUAGACCCAAAAGAGAGGAAGAGGAGUGAUGUUUCUGAGGAGGAGCAGCCGUCCAGAUCCGGCUGUCUGUCUAUGAAGAGUGACCAGUCCAAAGGUCUUCCUCUAGUCUUCAGUGUGGAACCUGGACCCUCAGACACAAAACUGACUUCAGACCAGAAGAUGAGUGAUUUGGAGGAAGAGGAGGAUGGAGCAGAAUCUGGAGUAUCCGGCUGUCUGUCUAUGAAGAGUGACCAGUCCAAAGGUCUUCCUCUAGCCUUCAGUAUUGAACCUGGACCCUCAGACCCAAAGCGAUCUUCAUCAUGCAUCAGGAAGAGGAAGAGGAGUUAUGUUUCUGAGGAGGAGCAGCCGUCCAGAUCCAGAACCAGAUCUGGACUGCAGACAGCCAAUCAGAGCAGCUCUAAGCAAAUGGACGUUGGUCGUCAGGAACAGAAGUCCAGGCUGAAGGAGACAUUUGAACAUGUGACUGAAGGAGGUGAAACAGGAAGUAGAACCCUCCUCAGCAGGAUCUACACGGUCCUCUACCUCAUAGAGGGACUGAGUGAAGAGGUUAAUACCCAACAUGAGGUGAGGCAGCUGGAGACAGCUUCCAAGGAGAAGAGCCUCCAUCACUCUCCGAUCCAGUGCUGCGACAUCUUUAAAGCCUCACCUGGCCAACAGAAACCCAUCAGAGUGGUUGUGACGAGCGGCGUCGCUGGCGUUGGAAAAACCUUCUCAGUGCAGAAGUUCUGUCUGGACUGGGCCGAGGGGUUGGAGAACCAAGAUAUCAGUCUGGUGAUCCCUCUUUCCUUCAGGGAGCUGAACCUGAUCAGAGAUGAGCAGUACAGUCUUCUGGAGCUGCUCCGUGUUUUCCAUCCAACAUUACAGGAGGUCCCAGCAGACCAGCUCGCUGCCUCCAGACUUCUCUUCAUCUUUGACGGCCUGGAUGAAAGCAGACUUUCACUGGAUUUCAACAACGAUGAGGCUGUUCCUGAUGUCACACACAAGUCCUCAGUCAACCUGCUGUUGACAAACCUCAUCCAGGGGAAGCUGCUUCCCUCGGCUCUCGUCUGGAUCACUUCCCGACCUGCAGCAGCCAAUCAGAUCCCUCCUGCGUGUGUUGACAGGGUAACAGAAGUACGAGGCUUCACUGACCCCCAGAAGGAGGAGUACUUCAGGAAGAGAGUCAGUGAUGAAGAGCUGUCCAGCAGAAUCAUCUCCCACAUCAAGACCUCCAGGAGCCUCCACAUCAUGUGUCUGAUCCCAGUCUUCUGCUGGAUCACUGCUACAGUCCUGGACCACAUGUUGACUACAGACCAGAGAGGAGAGCUGCCCAAGACCCUGACUGACAUGUACUCCCACUUCCUGCUGGUUCAGACAAAGAGGAAGAAGCUCAAGUACGCUGAGGGACAUGAGACGAGUCCACAGGAGCUGAUGGAGGCCGACGGGGAAGUUCUUCUGAAGCUGGGGAGGCUGGCGUUUGAACAGCUGGAGAAAGGAAACAUCAUGUUCUACCAAGAAGACCUGGAGCGCUGUGGUCUGGACGUCACAGAGGCCUCGCUGUACUCAGGAGUCUGUUCACAGAUCUUCAAAACAGAGAGUGUGGUCUUCCAGAAAACAGUCUACUGCUUUGUUCAUCUGAGCGUUCAGGAGUUUCUGGCUGCAGUCUACCUGUUCCACUCUUACACCAACAGGAACACACAGGUCCUGGAGGACUUCCUGGGACCAGACUACGUUAACUCAUCUUUGGAUGUCUUCCUGAAGAGAGCCAUGGAGAAAUCCCUUGAGAGUAAAAAUGGUCACCUGGACCUGUUAGUCCGCUUCCUUCAUGGCCUCUCUUUGGAGUCCAACCAGAGACUCUUAGGAGGUCUGCUGGGUCAGUCAGACAACAGUCCAGAAAUCAUCCAGAGAGCCAUCAACAACCUGAAGAUGAACAGUGAUGAGAUCUCUCCUGACAGAAGCAUCAACAUCUUCCACUGUCUGACGGAGAUGAAGGACCAGUCAGUCCAUCAGGAGAUCCAAGAGUUCCUGAAGUCAGAGAAGAGAUCAAAGAAGAAACUCUCUGAGAUCCACUGCUCAGCUCUGGCCUACAUGUUGCAGAUGUCAGAAGAGGUCCUGGAUGAGUUGGAAGUGAUGAAGUACUACACUUCACUGGAGGGACGACGGAGACUGAUUCCAGCUGUGAGGAACUGCAGAAAGGCUCGGCUUUUUAACUGUUUCCUCUCUGAGACUGAUUGUGAAGUCGUCGCCUCAGCUCUGAAGUCCAACCCCUCCCAUCUGAGAGAGCUGGACCUGCGUGCCAGCGACCUGGAGGAUUCAGCAGUGGAGCGUCUGUGUGCUGGACUGCAGAGUCCAAACUGUAGACUGGAGACUCUGAGAUUGGAGGGCUGCAGGUUGUCAGAGACCAGCUGUGCUUCUCUGGCCUCAGCUCUGAAGUCCAACCCCUCCCAUCUGAGAGAGCUAAACUUGAGUGACAACGAGCUGCAUGGUUCAGGACUGGAGCUGCUGUGUGGUUUUCUGGAGAGUCCAGACUGUAGACUGGAGACUCUGAGAUUGAGGGGCUGCAUGUUGUCAGAGACCAGCUGUGCUUCUCUGGUCUCAGCUCUGAAGUCCAACCCCUCCCAUCUGAGAGAGCUAGACCUGAUAUACAACAAGCUGCAGGAUUCAGACGUUAAGCAGCUGCGUGAUCUUGUGGAGAGUCCAGACUGGAGACUGGAGACUCUGAGGGUGGAUGACAGAGUCUACAGGGCUGCACCUGCCAGACAGGAAGCAGAUCAGUCUCCAUCAAAGACAGACCCUGAUGUGUGUGAGGACAGCAGGGAGGACCAGCUGUCUCCUGAUGGUCCAGAGAGGUUGAAGCAGCAGCAGCUUGUGGGUGGAGAGGCUCUCCAUCCAGAUGUCAGUCUUUCACUUUAA